AUGUCACCUAACAGAGGCAUCCACGGAAAGGCACUACAAUGCGAAGCGUUUGACGCAGAUGGUGAACUGAUCGACAGUAUGAUUGUUACAAUCAAUGUAGAAGUUCCUGCCAUCAGUCUCACCAUAGCUGUUGACGGUGUAGACCAAUCCUCCGGUAAAACAGUGACCGUGACGGAGGAUAUUGCAGUCACACUUACCUGCACAGCACGGGGAGCAAAACCAAAGGUGUCUAUAGACUGGUUUAACGGCGUCUAUCGUCUGAGACCUGACACUGAAACGAUUCCACCUGGUGUUUCUCCGGUGGUACUAUAUCUGACAUACGUGGACGGAAUCAUCACUUGUGAAGCAGAUGCCAAUCCACUCAGACACGUUGAAUAUUACAUCGUUCUAAAUGGCACCAAGCCUAGCGCGCCUACGGGUAAAACCCUGGCAUUUAAUGUCGAUGACAAUUACUGCACAGAGGUCAGCUGUAAUGUCACAAAUGCGAUUGGAACUGGAUCACGGAAACUUGAAGAACCGCUUUGCCCAGGCAUCAUUAUUGGCCUUGUAUUGGCAGCCAUUGCCAUUGUGGCCGUCGUUUGUGGUCUUGCUAUUGUCUUAUGGAGACGUCAUCAUAAUCAACAACAAAGACAGGGACCAUCGGAAACCGACGAACAAGAUGGCGUAAAUAACGUUGUAUUACAAGAAGCAGACAGUGACAUCUCACCACUGCCUGUCAGUGAUCACCAACAUCCGAAUGAUAUUCCACUGCACCAAAUUGCCACAGCAGUGGUACGCGAGAGUGUUCCCAAUAAAGACGGCGUUGAGCCGGAAGCAUCAAACGACGUGGAGUACGGCAAUGUAGGAACGGAACUCUCUUUCUCACGAGAUCUCGUGGUGAUCGAGCAUGAGCUGGGACAAGGGCAGUUCGGCAGAGUGCUUUUGGGAAAGGCACUUGGGAUCGAGAAAGCCGGGAAAGAAACAAAGGUUGCUGUCAAGACUGUGAAAGAAGGCGCCGAUAGACACGCCAAGAACGAGCUUGUGGCCGAGUUGCAGGUGAUGAAAACAGUCGGCUCUCAUCCAAACGUGGUCAAGUUGCUGGGAUAUUGUGCAGAAAAAGAUCCGGUGUACGUCAUCGUUGAGUACCUUGCUAAAGGUGACCUGAAGAAAGUUCUAAUGGAUUAUCGAGAGAAGGACACAGGGGCAGGCUACCCCAACCUACCCGGCGUGAGCAAAUCACUGUCUAAGACAUUGGUCAAGUUUGCCAGGGAUGUUGCAAAUGGAAUGGCUUACAUAUCCUCGCAAAAGUAUGUGCAUCGUGAUCUUGCUGCUCGUAACGUGUUGGUGGGGGAUGACCUGGUGUGUAAAGUGUCUGACUUUGGACUGGCCCGUGACGUCAUGAACACCCGUAUCUACCAACGAGAAUCACAGGGUCCUCUUCCCAUCCGCUGGAUGGCGUUGGAAUCCAUUCUUGAUGACGUGUACACAACAAAGAGUGACGUAUGGUCUUUCGGGAUUCUGCUGUGGGAGAUUGUGACACUUGGUGCGCGGCCGUAUCCGCUGCUGACAGCAACGACAAUGAUAAGCAAACUACAGCAGAGCUAUCGUAUGCCGAAGCCUCGACAAUGCAAGAAAACGCUGUACAAAAUGAUGUGCAGCUGUUGGAAGGAGGUUCCCAAGGAUCGACCCAGCUUUCAGAGUCUGUAUCAGCAGUUGGACGACAUGGUGUCUGAAGAUCAGGAUUACAUCACCAUGGGCAACCUGGAUAAAAGGAUCUACGAAGUGAAAAUCGUGGAAGGCACGAAAGAAAAACUGUGA